GAGAGAGAGAGAGAGAGAGAGAGAGAGAGAGAGAGAGAUAAAGGCAGAGAGAGGGAGAGAGAGGAGACCAAGUGAAAGAGUGGGUUGCCUUGGUAGCAGGUCAGUGAACAGGAACACUUGGACAGGACAGAACCAUACCCAGGCUUGAGUGAUGUCAUCAGAACCAGCAGAAUCCUAGUUCAGAAGGUUGAACAAAACAGCCAGUUGGACCUGAGAAUUCCCCUGAAAACAGAAAGGACUAUUUGGAUUAGAGACAGCACAGUUAUCUUGAGUUGUGCGGAGACCACCGAAGGAACUUGAAGACUCUUGAACGGAGAGAACGAGGGGAUUUUAUCUGUGGAGAGGAGGACAUGAUUUAGACUGACUUUGUGGUCGGUGGCUGAAAAUAGAGUGGCCAAUGAGGUUUGGAUGUAAACACACAAGUGUGUUUUUGCUGGAUUUCAUGGCUGGAGAUCAAAGACGACCAUGAGGAAGACUGAGGAAGGGUUUUAGUGAAUACUGCAGCACAGCUCACACUUGACUUAGCUUGGACCAUGAAACAACAUUUAUUUUACAGUCUUUCAAAUUAAGAUUGAGAUUAAAUCGAGCGCUCAGUUUUGUCAUUACGGACUCCAGAACUGUCUGAUCUGAUCAAAAUCAGAUCUAAAGGACAUAACGAACAUUUAUUUGAACCACAACUACUCUCUGUGUGGACCAAUGAAACAAUCGGAUCAAAUCAAAGACACGCCCCUCCCCUCCGUCUUCGACCAAUCCUGGGCCUCGUUCCUCAACCCUGCUGGACGUCUGCGCCUCAACACUUUGGACUUCUCCGACCUGUGGGAUGAGGAAGAUCUCGGAUUGGACAGCACCGAGGAAGAUGGAGGCCCCGCCCAAAUCCCUCCUCUUCCACCGAUCCCUCCACCUCUCCCACCCUCAGCUCCUCCACUGUCCCGUACCUCCCCGAAGGGUCGGCCGCCGGGGUGUCGUACCCUCAGGCUCCACUGGAGGGAGCUCCAGAGUCUGCCUCCCCUGCCCAGGGUCACCCGCUUCGGGACUCAGACCAUCUGGGCCGGCCUGGAGCCCGUCAACCUGGACACCAACCGCCUGGAGUACCUGUUUGAGAGCAAGGGAAACAGCGCCAUCUGCAGUCUACGGUCAGGAUGGCGGAAGCAGCCGUUGGUGUCAGUUCUGGGUGUAAAGCGCAGUAAUAUCAUCACCAUAGCCCUCAGUAGCCUGCCCCCUCCCUGCCUCCUGCCCCCGGCCAUCUACAGCAUGGACACCAGUGUGCUGGACCGAGAGGACAUCCAGCGUCUGCAGGCCCUAGUCCCUACUGAAGAGGAGCUGGGCCUCAUCAGGGAGGCCCAGUCCCAGGCCCCCCGCUCGACUCUGGCCCCAGCUGAGCUCUGCCUCCUCACCUUGGGAAGCAUCUCUCACUUGAGCUCCAGGCUUCAGCUCUGGGCCUUUACACUGGACUAUGACAUCUUGGAAAGGGAAAUCGCUGAGCCUCUCUUCCACCUCAAGCUGGCAAUGGAACAGCUGGCCGCCAGUCAGACCUUCAGGUGCAUUCUGGCCACAGUGCUGGCAGUUGGAAACUUCCUCAACGGGUGUAAGGCCCGUGGAUUUGAGCUGAGCUACCUGGGGAAGCUGUCCCAGGUCCGAGACACACACUCUCGUCGACCCCUGCUGCAUCACGUGUGUGUGCUGCUGCUGCAGCUGUACCCACAGUCCUCCGACCUCCACUCCGACAUCGCUGCCGUCACCCGAGCCAGCAAGUGUGACUACUCCCAGGUCCAGGCCAACCUCACCCAACUGGAGGCUCUCUGCAAAGCAUCAUGGGAACAGGUGCGUCUGCUGGACCGGGCGGAUGAGAAGAGGAGAGGAGGGGAGAAGGAGGGGGGAGGAACACAGGAGGGGAAGUUGCGACAGAGGCUGCCUAAAUUCCUGAAGGAGUGUGAGGAGAGACUGAAGGUUCUAAGAGCUGUCCACCGACGGGUCAUCAACAGGUUCCACUCCUUCAUGCUGUUCCUGGGCUACUCCAAAGCCAUGGUGAGAGAGACGAAGGCGGAGGACUUCUGCAAGACGGUCAGCGACUUUUCUCUGGAGUACCGGACCACUCGUCUGUCCAUCCUGGAGCAGAGAGAGAGGGGACGGGACCUGGAGAGAGGAGGACGGGACCUGGAGAGAGGAGGACGGGACCGCACACCUGGCACACCUGGACUCCACCAGAAACACCCACAGACUGAUCAGGACCAUGUGCCACAGAGUACAUUAGAUGAAGUGCUGAGGACCCCAGAAUCUAUCUUCAGGCUGAACCUGACUCUGCCCCGACAUCGCGGAAAGAAGAUAGAUAUUAAAAGUCCUUUCUCUCGGAGACCGAAGUGGUGACUUUUCAUUAGUUGCUAGUAUUUGGACAGGCGUCUUGAAAUGAUCAUAGAAAUAACAGUUGGUUGCCGCAUUAAACAAAAUCCCUAUGAUUAACUGGAAAUGUAUGUAGGC